AUGGCCACUGACGGUUACUCUGAGAUCCUGCCUACUCUUGACCGUCUCGGCGUGUCUGCCAUCCCCGCCGAUGUCGACGUGAGGAACGUCGCACAGCUCUGGCUCGACUCGUUCGCCAAGUACACUGAAUCCGGGGACAUCGAUGGCGUCCUCUCGCUCUUCUCGUCCGACGCUUGGUGGCGCGACAUGCUCGCCUUGACCUGGGCAUUCCGCACUUUCCACACCGCGCCCAAAAUCCGCAAGUUCCUCGAGGACAGGCUCUCCGUGAACGCCCCUACCAACUUCAAGCUCACCGACGCCAAGUUUCAGAAUCUCUACCCUGAUCUCGCCUGGAUCCUCGGCCAGUUCACCUUCCAGACGAAGGUGGGCCAGUGCAGCGGCAUCUUCCGUCUGAUCCCGACCUCAGAGGGCGGUUGGAUUGGCUUCACGUUCUACACGAACCUCGAAGAUCUCAAGGACUUCCCGGAGAAGAUCGGCGCACUCAGGAACCCCCUUCCUAACCACGGCAAGUGGCUCGCGCAGCGUGAGCGCGAGCGCGAGUUCGUAGACAGCAACCCUACGGUCCUCAUAAUCGGCAGCGGGCAGAGCGGGCUUGAUCUCGCGGCGCGCCUGAAGGUGUUGGACAUCCCGACCCUGGUCGUGGAGAAGAACAAGCGGGUCGGGGACCAGUGGAGAUACCGGUACCAGGCCCUGUGUUUGCACGAUCCUGUCUGGUCCAACCACCUGCCGUACAUCCCCUUCCCUCCAACCUGGCCGGUCUACACGCCGGCGCAGAAGCUCGCGAACUGGCUCGAAUUCUACGCAGACGCGCUCGAGCUGAACGUGUGGACGUCCUCGACGGUGACGAAGGCCACACAGGACGCCAACAACGAGUGGGACGUCACCGUAGAGCGCGCGGACGGUUCGACGAGUGUGCUGCACGUCCGCCACCUCGUGUCCGCGAUCGGCCUCGGCGGGAACAACCCGUUCAUCCCGAAGAUCGAGGGGCAGGAAGAGUACCAGGGUCAGGUGCUGCACUCGACGCAGCACAACUCGGCGCGGGACCAUCUGAGGAAGAAGGUCUUCAUCGUCGGGGCUGCUACAUCUGCGCACGAUAUCGCGGCGGAUUAUGCGGAGCAUGGUGUAGAUGUCACGAUCUACCAGCGCGACAACACCUACAUCAUGACCACCAAGCGCGGCAUGCCGAUACUGAACGGCAGUACGUACCACCUCUGGUGGGAAGGCCAGUGGCCGACGGACGUCGCGGACCGCAUCGAGGCGUCGUUGCCGACCUGGCUCACUGAGGAGAUCGCAAAGCGGCAAACCGCUGCUAUCGCGGAGGCAGACAAGGAGCUCCUCGACGGACUGCACAAGAUUGGUUUCCGGACGCAUCUGGGUCCUGACGGGCGCGGCUUCACAGCUAUGGGACGGAGACGUGGGGGCGGGUACUACCUCGACGUGGGCGCAUCGCAGCUGCUGAUCGAUGGCAAGAUCAAGCUGAAGAACGAUAGCCAAAUCAAACGAUUCACCAAGACCGGGUUCGAGUUCGAGGACGGGAGCACGGUUGACGCGGAUGUCGUGCUGUUUGCUACCGGCUUCGACUCGCCGAUGGUGACGAUCAAGAAGCUCCUCGGGGAGGACAUCGCGUCGCGCGUGAAGCCGAUGUGGAACCUCGACGAGGAGGGCGAGCUCAGGAACGUCUGGCGCGACACCGGCGUGCCCAACUUCUGGUUCAUGAUGGGCAACCUCAUGUGGUGCCGCUUCCACUCGAAGCACCUCGCGCUGCAAAUCAAGGCCAUUGAGGAGGGUGUACUUGGCGGCAGCGGCAGCGAGUACCGCUACCAAUGA